AUGAUCCCGCGCCGCAGUUACGAUGCUAGUAGCGCCUCGCCAGCUUUCCAAGCAGCGCGCUGUGUCACCUGUUUACGCCAAUUCCGCCGCCGCCUCUCCAUCGGUAGCGCGACCCGCACGCUCGUCGUCAUGUCGCGCCGGGGCUUUCCGCCAGUUGCGCCGCCAGCGGCGGUUCUCGUUGUUCUUCUCCUCGUCGCAGCGGCAGCUGGCGGCGCGCGCGGAUUGCGCGGGAACGCGGUGCAACCCCGCAAGCUGGCCGUUGGCGGAAGCGGCGGAGACUCUCCGCGGAGGAGAGCGGCGGAGCUAGUGAAAGAAUCCGCCCAUGCUUCCGCAAUGACGGAGGCGCAUGUUCCGCCGCUGCAGCUGAUUCUGGCGGAAGAAGGCCGCGCGGAGGGCGCAGUGUGCUUGGACGGGUCGGCCCCAGGGUUCUACUAUCGGAAGGGCUACGGCUCGGGACAGAACAACUGGGUGCUGUUCUUCGAGGUGUGA